CUCCAGCUCCCCAAACAGCCCUCUCUCUCUCUCUCUCUCUCUCUCUCUCUCUGACUCUUGACUCUCUUUCGCUGUGCCUGUGAGCAACGCUGUUCUCCUCCCUCCGGCCUCCGGCCUCCGCUCUCCGCCUCGCCUCGCCGCCCGAUCCGCGCGUGCCUUCUCCUCCUCCCCCUUCGUUGCGUGCUCGGCCUCCGCACCCACCCUCCGCUUCGAUCAGCCGCAGCCCGACUCCCCCCUGCUUCCCCGCCUACUCCGCGCCGCCCGCCUUUGGCGCUCGCCGCCGCGGUCGCCCCCUUCCGCGGCUCGUCGCUGGGUUCUCGUCCAGCACGCGGGUGCCGGUUGCUUCUUCUUCUUCCUCCUCAUCCGGUCGCCGCGUCACCAGGGUUAGUGCAUGGCAGUGACACCGCAUCAUCGGCUAUAUGAAUUUGCUAAGACUGCCCUUAUCAAGAUUUUCGCAUUCCCUUAUGCCACGGUCUGUGACCUGUAUUGUGAUGGUGGGGUUGAUACAGACAAGUGGGGCGAUGCACAAAUUGGUCACUACAUAGGGAUUGAUGCCUCUGCAUCAGGUGUCAAUGAUGCUCGUGAGCUGUGGGAGAGCAGAAAGAAACUUUUCACGUCUGAGUUCAUCGAGUUAGAUCCUUCUGCUGAUGACUUUGAAGCUCAAAUGCAAGAAAAGGGCAUCCAAGCAGAUAUAGUUUGUUGUAUGCAGCAUUUGCAGUUAUGUUUCGAGAGUGAGGAACAUGCUCAAAAGCUUCUGAAUAAUGUAUCAUCUUUACUCAAACCUGGAGGCUAUUUUGUUGGCAUAAUUCCUGAUUCAUCUACAAUAUGGACAAAAUAUCAAAAGAAUGUCGAGGCUUCACAUAAUAAGGGUCUGAAGACUGUUCCAAAUAGCAUUCGCUCAGAGAACUAUGUCAUCACCUUUGAAGUUGAGGAAGAAAAGUUUCCUUUCUUUGGAAAAAAGUACCAACUCAAAUUUGCAAAUGAAUCAAUGUUCGAGAAUCACUGCCUGGUCCACUUUCCCAGCUUUAUGAGAUUAGCAAGGGAGGCAGGACUUGAAUAUGUAGAGAUCCAGAAUUUAACCGAGUUUUACGAUGAUAACAGAACUCAGUUUGCUCCAUUGCUUGGUGGUUAUGGUUCCAGUUUGGUGGAUCCGCGUGGAAAGCUUGUCGCUCGUUCGUUUGAUAUUUUAGGCUUGUAUUCAACUUUUGUUUUCCAGAAGCCUGACCCAGAUGCAAUGCCACCAAUUGUAACACCCGAAUUGCAUGAUCCUGAGAAUGAUCAAGAAGAGGAAUGGCUCUGGACGCAGCAGGCAUCAAUGGACGAUGGAAGGGUCUCACGUACUGAUAUACUUCCUCCUGCGGAUAAUGAGAAAGGCAUCCUUGGUCCUGGACCUGCAGAUAUGAGGCUUUAAGUUCACUGAACAACUGGAUAUAGGCUCACUGCUGGAGUUGGAGCAACGAUGCUCCUGCAAAGCUGCAAUUGGUGGUUUAUGGAUGCAUACAUAUGCAUGAUGCUCACGUAGUUUCUAAAUUUAUUUAGGCUCUACCUGUAAAAAGAAAACCUUUCAGUUAUUCUUGAGAAGAUAGAAUUAGCACCAAUGUCAUAUGUCACGGUAGAAGAUAUUGAUAGAGUAGUUCACUAAUUUUGUAGUGGAUCCUUUAAAUAUUACUCCCUUUGUCCUAUAAUAUAGCAACCUAAUACUAGAUGAGACAUUGAAAUGUUACAAUGAAUCUAGAUAACCUCCUGUCCAGAUUCGGUGUAUCAUGAAAUGUCCAAUCCGGUAUUAGAUUAUUAUAUUAUGGGAUGGAGGGAGUACAUCAUUACCCGUUUACGACUGACUCAGUACCGACUGUCUUUUCUUUUGCA